AUGGGCAUUUUCGUUUCAGCUCCCAGAGUGUUCUCUGCGGCGAUAACAUUGCGCCUAGUGCUGCUUGUUUACGGUAGCUGGCAAGAUGCCAACUCCGCCGUGAAGUACACCGAUAUCGACUAUAUGGUGUUUACAGAUGCUGCACGCUAUGUCUCCAAGGGUCAGACACCAUAUGCCAGAGAUACAUAUCGCUAUACUCCUCUCUUGGCAUGGAUGCUUCUCCCAACUGCAUGGGAAUCUUCUGCGCUGUGGUCAACUUUAACAUUUGCGUUUGGCAAGAUUCUAUUCGCCCUGGCUGAUGUUCUAGCCGGUUGGUUGGUGGUGCAACUCCUGAUUCAGUGCUACAGAUUUCCCUCUGAGAGAGCACUACGCUAUGUGGCGGCUGUUUGGCUGUGGAAUCCCAUGGUCGCCAACAUCAGCACUCGCGGCAGCUCUGAGGGGUUGCUGGGCGUGCUUGUUGCAGGCCUACUUUGGGCUUCUUUAACAAAACGUGCGACUCUUGCAGGCUUGAUACUUGGCCUAGCCGUCCACUUUAAAAUAUACCCUUUUAUUUACGGCGUGUCUAUCCUGUGGUGGUGGGACGCGGAACGCGAUGGUGCUGCUCCGGCCACCAACCUCGACAUCGUGUCGCGUGUCGUUCGAUUCAUUACCCUCUCACGCGUAAAGCUGACGCUAUCUGCGCUGACGACCUUCAUUCUUUUGAACUUCAUCAUGUACACUCAGUAUGGUGUGCCUUUCCUCCAGCAUACUUUCCUUCAUCAUAUCACUCGUAUCGACCACCGACAUAACUUCUCUCCAUACGCCACUCUACUCUAUCUUGUUUCCGCUGAGAAUACGGAAUUCCAAUUCGAGACCCUCGCCUUCUUGCCACAACUACUUCUUGUGGUUUUCGCUAUCCCAUUCGUACUAGCUAAAAAAAGUCUGGCAACUUCUAUGCUGGCUCAGACCUUCGCAUUUGUCACAUUCAAUAAAGUGUGUACCAGUCAGUAUUUUCUCUGGUAUCUCAUUUUACUACCAUUUUAUCUCCCAUUCUCUGAACUUAUUCGCAAACCUAUUCUUGGCCUCUCGGCCGCUGCAUUUUGGGUUAUUGGACAGGCUCUCUGGCUCCAGCAGGGCUACUAUCUGGAGUUCUUGGGCAUCUCCUCCUUCGUCCCUGGGCUGUUUCUCGCCUCUCUCUUUUUUUUUGCUGUCAAUAUAUGGAUCUUAGGUAUUAUUGUUCGUGAUGGGGGUGAAAACCCGAACUCCGAUACUCAGGACAAAACAGAGUGA